GAACGCAACUCCAACAGUUCUGCAUUUGGGAAAGUCCAGAAGCAGUUCUGGUUCACAAAGAGCGCUGUCAUCCGUAAACUUGGAAAGAAGGAGGAUGAGCAUGUGGUUGCUUCAGAUGCCGAGCUUGAAGCUAAAAUUGAGCUCUUCAAGGCCAUUGAAUCCAGCACUAAAGAUCUUCAGGUACUGUUGGCUGAUUACCAGAAUAAGAUUUGCAUUAUGGCCCAAGAGGAAAAUGCAAUGGGACGACUCUUGAAGGAAUAUGGAAAGCAAGACCGGAGCAGAGCUGGGAAGAUGAUGACAGCUGUGGGUAAGAGCCUGAGUUACACAGCACAGCAGCGAGUUGCCCUGAGGAACCCUCUCGUAAGAUUAUUUCAGGAGGUUGACACUUUCCACACCCGAGCUGUAGAAGACACGCUAAUCACAGUAACCGAGAUGGAAAAGAUCCGCACUGAGUACCGUGGAGCACUGAUGUGGAUGAAGGACAUCUCUCAAAACUUCAACCCUGACCAGUACCAUCAGUUGGAGAAAUUCAGAGAAGUUCAAGCUACUGUCAAGCAGAAGAAGGCUAAGUUUGACAGACUCAAAUUAAAAAGUCUACAGAAGGUUGAUCUCCUAGCUGCCUCUAGAUGUAACAUGUUCUCUCAUGCCCUCAUUGUUUAUCAGAAUAAUCUUAUCACCUUUUCUGACAAGACCUCCAAGACCCUGACAAUGUAUGCGAACAACUUCAAGGGCUAUCAGCCGUAUGAUUUUCAGGUGAUCAAGGAGCUUGCAGAACCUCCACAAGACUGGAAGAUGAUGCUAAGGAAGAGGAGGAGAAUUAUAAACUGGAUGAAGAUGAUAACACUUUCUUUAAUGCAGAAUAUCAUGAUGAUCCAGACAAGAAAAGCAACAAAAUAG